GCAUACCUUGUAGAACUGUCAUCAUACUUGGAUUGAUUACCAUCUUUUAAAAAUUUCUGACAUCUCUGACCGUUUAUAUUUAACAUUAUUCUCAAACCUAAAAUAUAUUGUUCAGUGCAAACAAAAAUAAGUUGGUAAUUUAGGAUUAAAACAUCUUGCAGCAUUCGUUCAUAAUGAUGUUGAUGGAUGAAACAAAAAUUGAUGCUAUAGAAAAUGAAAUCGACGCAAAGACAGCAAUAAAUGUUUUAAUAGCUAAAAUCCGAGAUUACCAAUUAAAAGUGCAAGAGAUAGUUUCUAAUUACUAUUUAGAUUUUUUGCCUAACUGCUACGACAAUGUUAAAAUCAUGAAAAAUGGCAAAUUGUUGGAGGAUGAAAUUAACAAAGCCAUAACAUUAAUCAAUAAGGAUUCUUCCUGGCAGUUGUAUAUGACUAAUGAAAGAAUGCAACAACAACAAGAGGAACUCAGUGAAUGUAUUACUGCUUAUAAAACCGCGUAUAAGUUACAAACAAUUCAUGGGUUGUUUGAUAUGAUUCCUCGUUGUGGAGAUGAUUAUCAAAAGUUGAUACAUAUCAUUGAAAAGGUUAAAGCGCUUUUGGAUGAUGGAAGCGAUGCUGUGCUGUUAAGAUUAGAUGGCUAUCAUAAUAUACGAUCACGCUGUCAUGAAGAGUAUCAAAUAUUGCUAUUCAAUCUAAACAAAAAAUUCGAAUCACUUGUACAACUUCGCGAGAAACCAUUCCAAAAUACGAAAGCGAUUACAAUUAAUAUCAAAAAAGAUGAAGAUCAACUACAUCAAGUGGUCCUGGCACUGAUUCACACCAAUUACAACAUUCAUAAAUUAUGCAGUUUUUUGAUGAAUAACGUGUUCGAACCUAUCAUAACAAGGCCUGUUUUGUUAGUAUAUAACGAAAAUGAUGGAGAUUUUAUAUCGCUACAACUGUCAUAUCAACUAAAAUCCAAUGAAGAUUUGAGACCGAAUUACAAGAUUAUUUUUCAAUUAAUGAUAGAUACUUUUUAUUGCCUGGGGCACAUGAAUAUAGUAAUAUCGGAUCGUCAGUGUAUUUUUUCUAUUAUUGCAAAACACACGAAAAGCAAAAUUUGUCGUUUGCUUAUUGAUAAUUGCUUGCAGAACGAUAUUCCAGACACUAUAGAUGAAAUGAAUGAUUCUAACAUAGUGCAGGCAGUUCAAGAAUUCAAUAAAUUCCUCAGGGACAUGCUAUUUUUGGACGGCGAAAGUGAUUCCAUGCUUGACGAAUAUGCAAGCAAAAUUGAACUAUUAUUUCAAAAAAAAUUCUGUGCCAACAUCGUUUCAAACGCAUUUGAGAUUAUGAAAAAAGAUUUACAUGACAUGGUGCUUGUAGAAGAUCGUGAGUCAGAUUUCUCUUGCGGGAGCGACAUGUUCGCGAGUUGUAUGGUAUCAAAAAGCACAAUUGAGCUGAAAAAGUUAUUGGAUAAAGUUUUGUCUGAAGGAUUAAAUGGAGAGAGGAAACUGUCAGAUCGUUUGAUGGAAACGAUUGCAACUGUUUUAGAACGUUACACUAUAGAAGUUACUCAAAUUCACGAAAAGCUGUUACUAAAAAUUCCUCAGCAGUCAGCAUUGUUUCACAAUAAUUGCAUGUAUUUGUCGUUUUGGUUGCAGAAAAAUGCUAGUAAGCUUGAUGCUAAUUAUUCUUUCAUGUUGAUCGGGAAUGCUCUCCGCGACCAAGGAAAUAAAACUUUUCAUAUACAGCUACAGAAUCAGCGUACAUUGCUCAUGCAGUCUUUGCGGGAAUUUGAUUUAACUAACGGUAUUGUUGAGUUGAGUCCGAAAUGCCAAAAAGCCAUACGUCAAUGCAUUCGUCAGUUUGAGCUACUAAAAAGCGUUUGGCAAACUGUUUUGCCGGAAAUGGUUUACAAUAACAGCGUUGGUAGUCUACUGACUACCUUUUGUACCGAAAUUAUAAAACGAAUUUUAUUGCUUGAAGAUAUUACUGCAGCGCUUGGAAACGGUCUCGUGACAAUAAUAAAGAUAAUCGAAGAGAAAGUUCCUUUUCUCUUAAGGGAUCACACAGAUAUCACGUUACUGGUAAAACCAUGGACAAAACUACUACAGCUUCAUAAGAUACUCGAUUCCUCGCUUGUUGAAAUUACAGAGCUUUGGGCUGAAGGCAAAGGGCCCCUAACAUUAAAUUAUAAAGCUGACGAAGUGAAACAUUUGAUAAGAGCAUUGUUUCAAAAUACAAAUCAUAGACAGAUGUCUUUAGCUUCUAUCAUUCAAUUGUAAGAAACAAUUUGCUUGACACAACUAAUUCUUAUCGCUACAACAACUAUUCUAUUGAGUUUGAAAUGACUUGUUUCGUAUUUUUUUCAAAUAAAAUUAUAGUGAUGUUCCAAAAUACAAA